AUGGGGGAAGCUGAUGUAGAGUCACAAUUGCUUCAUACUUUAGCAACUGCUGCAGCCAGAGACUCUAAGCAACAUUCUCUCUCCCCUUCUUUGCAGCGCCAUGCUUUAGCCUCCUGGAUCAAGGACAAUAUCUGCAAGAGGGAAUGUUUUUACUUUGACAAAGAUGGCAGUUCACCGCAGCCUAAAGAGGAUGUUUGUAAGUGUGGCUACUUCAAAGUUGAUCAUGUGGAAGAAGCCAUCAAGUCAGAGGACUUCAUUGGGGAGACAUGGGAUAGACACAGACAUGUUCGUGAAGUGCCAACGGAUGCUUUUGGAGAUAUCAGCUUUGCUGGUUUGAGACAAAAGACAGGCAAGUAUGCACGAGUGUCCACAAACACUAGCCCUGAUGUCCUGUACCAAUUACUGACUGAACAGUGGGAACUUCCCCCUCCCAACCUGCUGAUCUCAGUGACUGGAGGAGCCAAGAACUUCUAUCUGAAGGCUCGUCUCAAGAACAUGUUCCACAGAGGCCUCAUCAAAGUGGCCCAGACAACAGGUGCAUGGAUCAUCACUGGCGGCACACACGCAGGUGUGAUGAAGCAUGUAGGGCAGGCUGUGAGGGACUACGCCCUAAGCAGUAGCUCCACACGAGGUCAGAUUGUGGCUAUUGGAGUGGCAACAUGGGGAAUAAUUCACAACAGGAAUGCUUUGGUGAAUUCAGAGCGCUUCCGGAUUGCAAAUAGUGUAACCAUCCCAGUGGUGUGUGUGGUUUUGGAGGGUGGACCAGGCACUCUGGAUACCAUCUACAGUGCCAUGCUGAAUGGUACACCAUGUGUGGUCUUGGAGGGCUCUGGGAGGAUAGCAGAUGUGAUUGCACAUGUGGCAAGAUCGCCAGAGAUCCCGGUCACUAUUGACAUCAUUCGCAAUUUGAUGAAAACUUUCUUUGCCCAAACGUAUGACACCUUUAACGACCCUGAGAUCAAAGAAUGGACCAAGAUGAUUCAGGACAUCAUCAGAAAGUCACACUUGCUGACAAUAUUUAGAAUAAGUGAGGACACUCACUCAGAUGUGGAUAUGGCAAUUCUUCAUGCCCUUCUUAAAGCUUCAAAGACCAAUGAGUCACUUGGAGUCGAGUACUGGAAGAGCCAGCUGGAGCUGGCUAUCGCCUGGAACCGAGUGGACCUAGCUAAGACUGAGAUCUUCACUGAGGAGAGCCAGUGGGAGUCCAGUGAGCUCCAUUGGGCCAUGCGCUCAGCCUUGGUUGGAAACAAGCCUCAGUUUGUGAGACUGCUGCUGGAAACCGGUGUGAGUGUGAGGGACUUCCUGCAGGACGAGCAAACUCUGUGUGAGCUCUACACACAUCUUCCCAGCUGCUUCUUUCUCCGCAAGCUGGCCAAGCGAGCAGACUCAGAGCAAGGCGAAAUCUACACCAUGAGUCGUGUAUCUGAAGAGGUGCGAUACCUGCUGGGCAGUUUCACCAAGCCUCUCUACCCUUGGUCCACCACGACGAACAACUCCAAGGUGAUGAUGGAGGACACACCUGUAUUGUCUGAAAAUAAGGCACAGAGGGACCCAUGCAGAGACCUUUUCCUUUGGGCUGUCAUCCAGAACAAUAAGGAGCUGGCUGAAAUUGCCUGGGAGCAGUGUACAGACUGCAUGUGCGCUGCUCUGGUGGCCAGUAAGAUCCUUAAGAAAAUGGCAGAGGAAGGAAGUGAUGCAGACGAGGCAAAGGACAUGCAGGCGCUUGCCAGUCACUAUGAGAAGCACGCCAUUGGUGUGUUCAGCGAAUGCCACAGCAGUGAUCAGGAGCGUGCUCAGAAGCUGCUGGUUCGUGCAUCACCGUUCUGGGGAAGGACAACAUGCCUGAGGCUGGCACUGGAGGCUGACGAUAAAAGCUUUGUAGCUCAGUCAGGUGUUCAGGUGCUUUUGACUCAGAUCUGGUGUGGUGAACUUUCAGUGGACAAUCCUGUGUGGCGAGUGAUGUUCUGCAUGGUCUUCUUCCCUCUUAUCUAUACUGGCUUUCUGGUUUUCAGACGUGAUGAAGCCAUCCAGAGAAAAACUGAGAAGAGUGAGGCGAUAAAGAGAGUAGUGACAGGAAGUACCCUCCAAACAAACUGGCAUGGCCUUGACUGUUCUGUGCACAGUGAGCCCACCAACCGGCGCCUGAAACCCCUAGGCUGCUGGUCCAGACUGGUCUCCCUAUACAGCUCCCCACAGGUCAAAUUUUACUGGAAUAUCGUGUUUUACUUUGCCUUCCUCUUACUGUUCGCGGUGGUGCUGACAACGGACUUCCAGGCUACACCCUCUGCAGGGGAGCUGCUGCUUUACAUCUGCCUGUUCUCUUUGGUGUGUGAAGAGGUCAGACAGCUGUUUGAUGAUCCUGAUGGCUUUGGGUUUCAUAAGAAAGCCAGGAUGUACAUUAAGGACCUGUGGAAUAUUUUAGAUGUUCUGUCCAUCCUCCUGUUUGUGAUCGGUUUUGCUUUUAGGCUGACAUCUGAACUGUUCUAUGCGGGUAAAAUCCUCCUCUGCAUUGACUUUGUGGUCUUCUGCCUUCGUCUCAUGGCCAUCUUUACUAUCAGUCGAACCCUGGGACCCAAAAUCAUCAUAGUCAAGAAGAUGGUGAGAGGGUUGUAUACAAAUGUACUGCUCUUUUUGAACAACAUAUGGGUGGUGGCAUACGGUGUGGCCAAACAAGGCAUUCUCAUUCACAACGACAAUCGGCUGGACUGGAUUCUCCGCGGGGCAGUUUAUGAGCCAUACCUCAUCAUAUUUGGGAAUUUUCCCACAGAUAUUGAUAAAAUUCAGUUUGACAUAAACUCCUGCAGCACAAAUGGCACAGAUCCUCUGAAACCAAAGUGUCCUGUGCUAAAUGAGGACCAGACACCAGCCUUUCCUGAGUGGCUCACCAUCAUUAUGCUUUGUGUUUACUUGCUCUUUGCCAACAUACUGUUACUCAACCUGCUCAUAGCUAUCUUCAACUUUACGUUCCAGGUAGUGCAGGACAAUACAGACAUAAUAUGGAAGUUUCAGAGAUAUGAGCUAAUUAAGGAGUAUCACAGUCGUCCUGCUGCCCCGCCUCCUUUUAUCAUCCUCAGCCAUCUUUACUUGGUACUGUGCAGGCGGCCCAUCGUCUGCAAAGAGUUCAAAAAUGAGCUUGAUCAAACAGAGGAAGAAGAGCUUCUGACCUGGGAGGCCUUGAUGAAGGACAGAUAUCUGCUGUCCACACAGCAGGAACAGAGCCAAAGCAUGGAGGGGCGCAUCCUGGACACAGCCCAAAAGGUUACCAUCAUAACCGAUCGACUGGAGAGUGAAGAGGAGACGAGCUCUGCUUCCAUGGUGAAAAGACUGGCCCGACUGGAGAACCAGGUUCUCCAGUCAACCAAAGCCCUGCAGUGGAUUAUGGACCACCUGAAAUCUCAGGGUCAUGCUGCAAAACCAGCCGAACCACUGACUUCAAUCACAAAAGAUGAAAUCCCUGACACUUUAACAAAUCAGCCAGAGAAAGAGAGUGAGCUCCAUGUGAACGCCCGUCACUUGUGCUACCCAAACAGCAAACUCACACGUUUCCCUGUGCCUGAUGAGAAGGUGCCAUGGGAGGUCAGCUUCAGCUUAUACGAGCCAAAGAAUUAUACCUCUGAAGGCAGUGAGGACCAAGUGGAUGGAUCAGAAUCAGAUGCCUUGGAUUCAUACAGAAACCCAGGAGGGAGGACAGGCAUCAGGGGACGAGGUGCACUCCACCAUUUGGGUCCAAAUCGGAAUAUGGACCUUGUGCUUACACGCGGGCGAGUCAGCCAGGGCAGUGUAUUGGAGUACCUGGCAGUUUGGGACGAGAGCCAGGGAACGUUGACUUUACCUGGGGGACCUGUCAAAGCUGCUGAUCACCUGCCAGUGGGUCUAAAGAGAAUCAUGGGGAAAACUCUGUAUGAAAAAAUAAAUGCAAAAGUAUCAGAGGGAACAAAGGUGUUUGAGGGUUAUGUGGACGACUGCAGGAAUACAGAUAAUGCUUGGGUGGAAACCACCGUCCUGAACAUUCACCUGGACAGAACGAGUCCAUUGAUGGCAGAUAUAAAUAAUAUGGUGGUGCAGAGCAACAAUUCUCUUCAGUGGCAGGAAUUGAGCAGCAAAAUGAGACUUAACUCAAGCCAAAGAGACUCUCUACGGCAAGUUGCUGAGCUGCACAACAGGAAGUUCUGAUUUUCACACUGCUGUAUCUAUAAGCCUGUCUCUUCAUCCAUAGGGUUACUUCUGCCUAUUAAAUGUGGCCUUUUGUUAAGGCAGACUUACAUUAAUUCUGUUGCACUUAAAGCACCUAAGACACUGUAAAGACACAAUGCUGCUGCUGCUAUCUACUCAGUUCUCCUCUAUGUCAAGGUGUUAGUGUAUGGUGCUUUUAUUUGUUUUAUUUUUUUUUACAUGUGACCUUCAUAUAAUCAAGCCUCUUAGCCUUUAUAAUUAUUAAAACGUUACCUAUACUUCAGAUUGACUUGACUCCCAGUGUUCUCUCACUCUGUUCUACAGAGAAAUUAAACUCCAGCUGAGCAUUUUGAUAUUCCUUUAUGCAUAUGUCUAUAUGUGCUCUAGUUUUCCACAGUGUUUUUCUUCCACCAGCCAAGCAUGCAGCCUUGCUUUAGUUUCGGAGCAGCCUCCGAGAGCGUGGAUUGGUUCAGGCUGAGGCAGCCACAUGAUGCGGUAUCGGUUUCACACAUUUAGUUUCACACCCUCCUCAUUCCCUCAUUCUGGUUUAGCAUCUCUAGAUAAGCCCCUUUUCCUAAGACAAAAAUCAUUAGACUGUGAUCCACACAGUGGUAACAUUAUGUGUGUCGUCG